AUGGUUGGUUUUUCAAAAAUAUUACAUCCUUUUACCUCUAGGAUUUCGUGUCACGAAUUAGCACAUACGUGGACUCCAUCAUGUUCUUCUGCGGCAGCAGGAAUCUUUCGUUCGUGUUUUGUGGAAUCCUUGAAAAUUUAUGGUCUCCUUUACAUGGUAAGAUGGCACUACAAAAAUAAUUAUUUGCAAAUUUUGAUGACUUUUGAUAUCACAUAGUAAUGUAAGCUUAUAUAUCAGGUAGUCUAUAUCUAUAAUACUAAAAAAACGGCUUUUGUAUUAAUAGUAUCGUACUCCAAAAAUCUUUGGUUAGUGGAAACUAUAAAUCAUACGGUCAUCACAAAUACUUGUCUGAGGAAUAUUUCUCCUUGUUACGUAAUUGUUUAGAGUGUUAGAGAACGUUUUCGGUGUUCACAGUAAAAGGAAGCAAAGUUGUUUUAAAAAUCGUCACGAAGCCUUGAAUGGCGUGUCAAGUUUCUCUUGUGAAUCAAUUGAAAAUGCUAUGUUCCUAAGUCUUGGAAUGUUAUUAUAUCUCCCCACAUGCCCAGGGAACAGAAUUGAAGGAGUUGAUCUGGAUAUUCUCUCCCUGUUGAAUAUUACAUCCUUAUACCUUCAGAUGAUUCUGAAUUAAAAAACAGGAUUCUCUAAUCUCCUCUUGGAAUUGUAAUUACAGGCUCCAUACAGUUUUAUUGAAGGUUGUUACUUAUUUAAAAUUCCAGUUGGAGGAAGACACAUCCAGGAAUAACAAUGUGAUUUUGUUUUUCCUAAUCACAAAUGUAAUUAAAAUUAUGUAAUCCCAUAAGUCUGUAUUGGCAUUGUUUAGUAGCAGAGAAAAUCACACACCCAAGAAACUAUGUCUUGUUUUCGUAUACCACCUAGUACCUUUGCUUAAGUUGACACCAAAAGGAGGCUACUAACAAACAAUGGCUAUUGUUAUAUACCUAGACUUUCUCUCAACAAAACAAGCACUUUGAUUGGUUGAUUCUUGGUCACAUGCCCCUGAUCGAAUUCUAAUGUAUUCCAACUAGGAUACAGUUGUGCAGUUGUUGUCUGUGCACCAAUUACAACAGCACAUGAUUGUUUAGGGGAAAGUCUAAAUAUGUAACAAAGCACUUAAUGUAUGGUCCCUUAGGAAACUAGUCAGACUUGUUUUCCCUCGAGUUGAUGGAAAGAGCAAACUCAGAAAUGUUACAUGGAAAACCAAAUAAAUAGUUGUGUUGGACAUAAAACUUUUGGUUUGAAAUUGUAUCCAUUUAUGCUCUACACUUUUUCCAGUGUAUCUAUUAUUAAUAUGAAUGUGAUAUGUUUAUCAUCUUUGGGUACUUCCAAUUUUAUUUGAAGAUUGGUGGUAUUCUGAGGAGGGCUGAUGUAAAGUACUUUAAAUAUAAGUAUCUACUGGAUGUAAUCAGGUCAUCCUGUUUUCUGGCUGUCAAUGGUGGAGGACUGGUGGUUUAUGUCUGUCUAUUAAGGUCUGUUUACUUUGAUGAUUUUGUUAUAGUCUUGAUUAACCCUUUAACUCCUGUGAGUGACCAAGACAGAAUUUCUCCUUACAACAUCAACACAAUAUCAACCAGAUAAGUGAUGAGAAUAAAGGAAAAUAUCAAUUUGGAGAUAAUUAGUUGAUCCCAUACUAAAUUCUCUGAACUAACAUUAAAAGAAUUGUAUGGUUGGCAGUAAGGAGAAAUACAAAUUUGAUAUGGGUUUUAAAGAGUUAAGACCAAUGCAGUAGACUUAGUGUCAUAAUGUUUGUUAUUGCCCUCCUGAGGUCUGCGUUGCUAUGCUUGAGAGGCUCACGGUGUAUGUGAAGAGCUCUGCUGAACAUUACAGACAACAAUUUUGAAAUUGAUUUAGGAACUAAGGAGAUUUUAAGAUUGGAGCAUUUAAUAUUCCUCACAUUUAGGAUUAGUAGGGGCUUUGGAAUUAGGAGCGCAAGAUUUUAGGAUUAGAACUUUUAAUAUUCUUCACAUUACUAUUAUUACUUUCUUUUUUAUUAUUAUCUUCUCCUUCUUUAAAGUUCAAGGAGGAAACAUAAACAAAGCAUGUAUCCGUUAGUUUCUCCUAGAUUUUUAUCAGACAUUUUAAUGUAUUUUUAAAGGAUUUUAUCAUAAUUUUUGUGAAUAAUUUUUAGCAAUUACAGUGAAUAAAGGAAUUUUAUUUUAGUCAGUAAAGAAGAGAUAUAUAAUGUAAAUGUGGAUUUCUAAUUUCCUGAAGUCUUUUACCAUAUACCUUGUGAUAUCACAUGUUUUCUUGGUUUGAAAUGUUUCAAAUCAGUGUCAAUUAAUAAUCAAAUUAUGAUGAUGGAUAUAACGUAAAGAAAAAUUGAAAUAAAACUAAGGCAAAUGUGUUUAAAAUAGCAGGCAGUAGGACAUUGGUCAAUACCCAAUGUGAAGAACAUUUUUUCUUCUUUGUCAGGAAGCUCAUUGGAUGUUUCAGCUACCUAUCAACUGUGUUUCUCCCUGGAUUUCUAGCGUCUCUUACUGCCAUUCUAGUUGAGAAAAAAAGCAGAAGAGGCACCCUUGCACUAUACAUGACAAAUUUGGUAACUGUCCUUAAAUAACAGAUAUUUUAAUAAUUUUCAUCAUCUUUGUACUACAUUUUUAUAAAUACCUAUUUAAGGUUAAUGGUGGUGUCUUAAUUCCAGGCUUCUCUGUGAACUCUUAUGAUUGGGGGGAUUUGUUUUGAUCAGAGCCAACCUCCAAGAACUAUCGCAUACCAUUUCACCAUUAUAAAAUAAUUCAAAUAGUAUGUGCGCUCUGAUUGGCCAUAAAACCAUUCUACAUGAGCAUAUGUAAACACGGUUUUCGUUCCUCUUUCAUUAGUUAUUUUAUAAAAAAAAUGUAAAAUGGUUUCUGUGUGUACAUAGUCUUUACUACGCUUAUCUCGUGUUCUCCCAACCUCCCGCGUGUUUACAUCAGGCUAUGUAAACACAGAAACCAUUUUACAUUUCUUCAUUAUAAAAUGCUUUUGCCAACAUAUUUUUUGUAUGACAGGUACUUUUGUGCUCCAACUCUUUUUUUCUUCAAGGCAAUUUCAUCAAAGAAAGAGACAAAGGGAAAGGUUUAACCAUUACUGUUAUGUUCAUGGAGGUUGUCAAAUAUCUUCUGCCUGUUGGCUUCCUCUUUUCCUCUUUUCAAUUUUGGGGUUUGACAGAGGGAAUGAUAAAGAAAAAUGUAAAUGGAGAGAGUUUUGGGGUUGAAUCAUUUCAAACCCAACUUUGUUUGUCAGUUGAUGAAUAUGACUGUACUUUUCUAUCUGUGUAAACCUUAGGGUGUUGAAACAACUUACAACAUGCUAAAGGAGAGGGGUCUCAUUCAUCCUGUUCCUAAUGGAGAGGUAUGCUUUAUACAAUAUACAUGUAUAUAUAACCAUCAACUUGCAGUGUUGUGAUGUGCCCAGUCCAUGUCCAUGAGACUCACUGGUGAUGAUGGAACUGGAAGACUGAACUGCAAAAAAUAAUUUUGUUAGCAAUUUUGUAUAACAAUGGAGAGUUCGCCUAAUGAACCAAUUUCCUUAACUGCCACAGCCUAUCCCAGUUUCUGUAACAUGUGGAAUAAGACUAUAACUGCUGCUUCAGUGUGAUACUUUUUCUUUUACUUUGAUAUCAUUUGAAAUUUGAUUAUUUUCUCUAAAAUGCUUGCAGUGAAAAUCUACUUAGUAGUACAUACCUAAGGAAAAGGAUCCAUUUCCUAAACUAAGUUUUCCACCCCAUGUUACUCUCACCCUUGUCCCCUCCCUCCAUGUAUUUCCUGAACUUCCCUUGAUUCUUAACCCUUUAACCCAUAAGAGUGACUAGCAUCUAAUUUCUCCUUACAAUAUAACCACUGAAUCAAACAUUAAUGUCAUGAGAAUAAUGGAAAUGAUCACCAACAAAAGAAACUCUUGAUUAUUAAACAAAUUCUCCUGUCAUUACCACAAGAAAUGUAUCAUGAACAGUAUGGAGAAUAUGUCUACUGAUGUUAGGGUAAUAAGGUUUAAUUGGUAACCAAUUAUACUCCUGGAUGGAGAGAGUUACUGAGAGGGUUAAAUGUCUUACCCAACAACACAAAACAAUGAUGUAGCUGGAGUGUGAACCCUUCAUAUUGAUCAUGAAUCCCAGGUGCGAACUAGCAGUCCAUUUUAUAUAAAAAAAAUUUUCUUAGAGUGUAUACAAGUGUUUAUCAAAACAAAAAAAAAAAUUUGGAAUUCAGAGUUUCAAAAAAUAAAUCAUUUGUCAUAUGAUUGUUUCUUGUAAGAUGCUUGCAGUGAAAAUUCCCUGAGGGGUACAUUCUGAAAGAAAGGGUUUAUUUCCUAAACUGACCAACUUUUACUCUUGCAAAGCAGAUGUUGUUUGUCAUAAUUUCCCACAAAAUUUUUAAAGAUCAUCUCCAUCAAUUAUGUGUGAGGGUCUCAAUGUGACCAGCCUGAUAUAUUGACCCUUCUGGUAGCUUUGCUUUUGAAGAGCAAAAACAAUUGGGAGGAGAAUAGAAAUAAUGACAGUAAAUGAUAUUAUUCAACGCUGUUAAUGUUUACAGAGGUUUUUUUUGUUUUGGUAGAUUCUGUUGUUCUGUAUUGCAACAGCCAUCAUGAUGUACCUUUAUAAGUAAGUAGUGCUGUGGUUAAAAAAUCUCUUUCAAAUACUCCCUUAACUUAGAAUCAAAUUGCAUGUGUCCAUCACCCACCUUUAGGCCUUAUUAACCAGCUAAUUUGCUUUAUACAUAGCUGUUUUACCUAGGGCCUUUCCACCUCAGCAGACAAAACAAGAACUGUUGUGAAAAAAUCAAAGGACAAAUUUUCUCAUGACAAAUUUUUGUUUCGUCAGUUGCAUUCGGAUUAAAAAUUUCAAAGCUGUCAAGUUCUGUCAGCACCUGUUCUGUUCACAAGACCAGCCAUAAAGGAUUCCACCUCCAAUUUCCAGGAUUUAUCUGAAAUCAUUUAAAAAUUUUAGAAGCCCCAAGUUUUGCAACAAAAGAAAAUUUUUGCCUGUCUAGUAGACUGAUUUCAGUUCAAUUACAUGGUGGUCAUAGCUUUUACAACAAAUGAUCUAUAAAUUUAUCACAGUUUUGCUUAUUUAGUUGAUCUUAUGCAGUUUUUUGGGACAAAUUUUGUUAGUGGUGUGUUUGAAGAUUUGUCUACUUCAGCCAAAAUUUGUCAAGUCACAACAAACCAUCCACACUUGUAAAAUGUUGGUGAUGACAGGAAAUUUGUCGUAAUAAACAAUUUUGUUCAGCCUCUGUCCAACAGUUCUCUUCCAAGUUUCCCUAAACACCGCUUUAUACUUUCAUAUAUUCAUGUAGUCAUGAUACAACUAGAGUACAGUUAAGUCUUUCGAAUGGAACCACAGGUAGUAAUGGAUAUUUAUAUAAUUUCUUUUGCAAUUAGGAAGAAGGGAGGUCUUACAGAUGGUGUUUUGAAUUCUUUAGUAAGGUAUGUGAUGAAAUAUCUGAUAGGGGAAUCUCACCAUCUUAACCGUUCCACUCUCAAGAUCUCAUUAGGAAUUUUCCUUACUAUUUUCCAUACAAUUCUCAUUAAAUUAGUCUGGGGGAUUUGGUAGUGGAUCAACUAAUGGUUCCAAUUUAAAUUUUUCUUUAUUCUCACCAGUGGUCUCCUUUAUAUUGUAAGGGGAAAUUCUGCCUUGGUUGCUCUGGGAGUUGAAGGGUUCAUUAUAUUUUUGUGAAUAAAUUAGUCUUAAAACCUUCUGAAAGGAUUAACUCAGGGUAAGUCAUGGUACUCUGAUUUAUUCUUUGAAGGUUUUUUUUGGGUCCAAAUGAUCACAGUCCUGGCCAAGAAGUAGACAGUUUAAAAGCAAGUCUCUCAAUCAACAUUCGAGAAAGUCAGAUGCAGCAAAAAUGGUUAGUAUUUGUUAUGACAUUUAAACAUACAAAAAGAUGAUAAACAGAGAGAAGAUAUUAAAUAGGUAGAACACCCCUUUUCUCUUUUUGUAAUCAGAGCUACAGGAGUUGAAUGAAACCACACAUAAUUUGAAUUUGUUGGUUAAGGGUCACUACAAACAUGUAGACAGUUUUAGCAGAGGAAGGACUCUGAGUUGCAUGUUGAUUUGAACAUUCUUCUUUCAGUUUUUUUUCCUAUAGUCAGCUCACAGCUUCAACCUACAAGGUUGGAAAAUUUUGUUGUUAGUUAUCUCUGCUCAUCAUCCCACCUGUGCAAUGUUGAAUGAGCAGUUUUAUGGCACAGAAGUUAGUAAUACCUAAAAAUAAAUUAAGAAAUAGUGGUGCAGAGACUUAUUUUGUGGGUCAUUGGUCAAAACUGGAUGCUUUUUGUAAAUUUACCAACUUCAUUCAAAAAUGUAUUGUGUGUCCUUUGGUCACAAGGUUCUCUGUUGGUGUUCACUGUUGUGAAAUUCACAUCCUGCAAAUAACAACAGUCAUCUUACGUAGUAGGUAUUACAAUUGUUAGUAAGGACAUCAUGCCUAAGCUAAACUACUAAUCUUAGGUAGAAAAGCUGCCUUAGCAAGCAACUACAAAAAAAGCAAAAUACUCACCCUUUCUCUAUUACCACUGUCUUAUAACCCUGAAAACCAAAGUGCCUUGCUGUACAAAUAAUCCUGUUGGAAGAACAGACUAGGAAGAAGAAAUUUUACAUCAUUUUCAGAGUUACUGCAAGACACCCAAGCAGUGCACUUCUGCUUGUUAUUCUUAACCUUUUAGCCUUUUUUAUUACAAUUGUAAAUUUAUGAUUAAAUUUAUGCCAAAGUAACAAAAGUGUAAGGCAUAAAAUCUUAAAAGAGUGUGUGAAUAAUCUUACUUAUUCUUGGGAUUGUUUUAAUUGUUUUUAUUUUUAAAACUAUUGUGUUACAGGCUACAACCAACACUAAAGGCCUUUGGUACUGGUUACAUUGUGCAAUUGGUGCCCAUGCUUCUUGGACAAAUAAGAGAUGUAUUUAAAAGACCAGGUUUGUACAAAAGAUGUCAUCUUUUCUCAGCCUUUCCAUUAAUUUCCAUAAAUGCUUUCUAUUACUAACACUUAAAAUUACUUUAUAGCACUAUCAGUAAUGCUGUAAGUGUCAUCACCCCUGAAUCAAAUAUAACUUAAUAAGUUGUUGAUUGUUAAUCUAGUUAUCCUUGUUGGCACCUUAAGAAAUGUAUAGAGAUCAGUAUGCAGAGUAUGCAUACUGUCCACAAUGUGUGGAUACUUAAGGUUUUAUAACUCAAGUUCACUUAUAACAGUGUGUUUCAUAAAACACAAGGUUUGUUAUUAUGCAUUAUUUAGUGUUUCUAUCCAUUUUUACUUUAUUAGGGAAGCUAUUGAGAUUGUUUUAUAAUGAGGACUGUCUUAGAUGUGGUGUAUUCCUGGGAAGUUUUGUUGCAAUUUUUAAGGUGUGUGAACCAAACAUUGCAUUUUAGUAAUUUUGCUGUAGUUUGGUAUUCCGAUUGAUGUAUGUUCAUUAUAUCAAAGAUUGUGCCAUAGGGAAAACUCUCAAUUAUCUACUGAAUUGGCAGGAGGCCCACUCAAAAAGAGGUACAUUCAGAGCCAUUCCAGUGUACCUCAAGAUACACAAUCCACUAAGCAGUCUCCUCCUUCAAAAGCAUAUGGAGAACAUCCCUAAGGAUAGAACAAAAGGGAAGGAGAACUGUGAAACCACACUGCCAAACCUUGUAUGUGAAUCCUUAACAGCCUCUGCAGUUACAUUAUCCGCCUUCCUGUCCUAUAUUUACCUGGGUAGCCACUAGUGAGCCUGUAGUUCCCAUGAACAAUGCCUCUGAAGCUUUGAUUUAAAGUCAACUAAUGCUUGUUAAACAUUUACCUUUUGGUUACCUCAACAGGUUUUGAGGAAAUCCGUGAUUUCUUUUGGUGGUAAUUAAUAGAGAUGAGUUGUUCCAGCCUUUAGCUAUGAUAAUUUGCUUAUUUUUAGUAACUUGUUAUUUUGUUCUAGACUGUUGAAUGGGUGUCAGGACUCUUGAGAAAUAAAAGAGAUGAAUUGAAUGGAUUAAUAGCAGGUAGGAUUGGUAUAUCUUUAGUGAAAUCUGUGUUUUGAAAACUUCAGCUCAUGUUCGUUUAUUACAGGGGGUCUGUGCAUUGAAAGCUAAGCAGAACUUAAAACCCAAGGAGGAUAGAAUGAAUAAUCUGGGCGUUUCUGUUAAAUAGAAUAAUAACGUUUCAAAAGUGAACAAUAUCACCUUCAAUGUCAUUGGAUAGAAAUGAAACUGAAUUUUGUCAUGAAGCUCACGUCUGCUCGAGGUGUCUGCUAUAAACAGAUUCAUUUUACAGUAAUCAAAGGAGGAAAGUUUGGAAUUUGGGCUAGUGUAAGCUUGACAUACGGUCUGCUUAUUACAAGUUGACUUUAUGUACCAACAACGUACGUGUUAUUGUGGCUAAUGAAGUUGAGUUGAACCAAACGAAAUUUUUCACCCAUAAAGCAUCAUCUGUAUGCAUAACUUGCCUAUUUUCUUCUUGUAGGUGGAGCAGCCGGUCUGUCCAUGAUAUUUUACAGAAGUUCAAGUAUAGCUUUGUACCUAGCUUCUAAAAUUUCCGAGGUAGUUAUAAAGAAAUACAUUUUGAUACUGAAAAGAUGGUAAAUGCGAUUCUUUAAGAAUGCUUGUGAACACUGCUUGUCUGGCAGAAGUAAAUCCAUUGAGAACUCAUUUUCUGUCAUGUCACGUCCAAAGCUCAAAAUUGUUGAAAACUAUUCAGCAUAUUGAUUCCCUUGCUACUUUAGUUACAGUCCAUAUUUUUGCGAUUUGACGCCACUUUUGGGAUCAAAAAAGAAUUUCUAAAAGACAGGUGUCUGGUCAUUGAGGGUUGAAUUUGAUUGGCCUUUAUGUAGAUGGGAUCAUUUCCAGUGUACAGAUGCGAUGUGACUUCACCCUUUUCCCUUUCUUAAUGGAAUAGAAGCAGACUUCUAGGGCGUAGCUUGGGGGGGGGGGUGAAAGAUCCUGGCUAGGCCCCUACACAGAGUAACCCUUAUGCCUCCGAGCAAGUUCUACCGAAUGUCGUUUACUUGCUCUUUGUUCCUGCUUAACAGUCGAUGAGAGGCAUGAACUGUACGAACAGGUAGAUUAAAAUGAAGAAAAUUUUUCUUUCAGCUUUUGUACAAGCAUGGUAUAUCAGCCGGGAUUCUUCCUUCCAUUCCUUAUGCAGAGAUCUUAGCGUAUUCUUUCUCAACUGCAUUCCUCUUUCAUGCGGUAAGAAAACCGUAUUUUCAUACUUGAGGUGUCUUGCUCUGCAAAGAGUAGGCCUUGUGCUGUUAAAAGCGUCAUAUAAACUUGACAACACUAUUAGAGCCUAUUUUGAUUUCCGUUCGUAGUAUGAGUGGAAUCGAUUUACUUAUGACGGUGAAGAAGCAGAAUUUUGUUUAUGUUGACCUCAUAUAUGCAUCUAUGCGUCUGUCAAUAGAUCAUCAGUAAAAACCAGUCAAAAGGCGUGUUUAGUUCAUUUUAUGACCUGUUAUUUUGCGAUACAGCCAGGCGGACUUGUCGACACCCGUUUAGUCAUGCACCAAUUCUAGGGUACAGUUAGUCUUCCUGUGCUCUUAGGCACUAAUAGUGGCACUUGACACCCCCCCCCCCCCCCAUCUCAAAAUACUAUCAUUCUAAUAUUUGUUCAUGUCAUCGUAGUGCACCUGGGAAGUUCACAGUGUGCGGCCAUCUUAUUGGCGGUAUCUAAACGUUGUGACGGCCAAGAGGUUAGAGCAAACUCACUCUACCAUUAUGUAUCAUGCAAGUUCACAUCGAAAGUAAAAUGGCUGUAAUGCAGUGUAACAAGUAUACAAACAGUUAAAAAAUUCUGAGAGUAGCUGUCGAUCGUGUGGCGUGGUAGUCCAGGUAUGGGCAGUCCUGAAAACGACAGAGCCGGCUAGCCCUUUGCAGGACUUCCCUAACCCCGGACGAUCCAAACUGUGUCUGGCUCUCAGUAAGAGGAGAUGAGCAAGGGAGCAUGCGAGCGACUAACAGCGGUUGUGGCUGCUAGAGAGAAAGCUUUUCCCGUUCAUCUUUAUCUUCAUUUUGCUUGAUUCCUCCUCCUCCCUCCCACAUCCCUUGACGUUUUUCGCGAGGCAGCUCAUUUCCAUUAGCUGAGAGCAGGCUACAGACGAUCACAUCAUCACACUAUAGGUUUUAGUUGGUCUUUAGUAUGGAUUUACUCACAAAAAUGAAAUAUGUUGAUAUUUAUGUAUUAUAUAUAUAUUUUAUUUCCUCUUGUUGAAAAGUUUUGAUGCUUGUAGCUUUUCAUGGUGUUUGAUAAAAAAUAUAGAGUUAUUUAGGAUAAUAAUACUGUUGUAAAUAACCUGGUAAAGAAGGUUAAAAAAAAAUUUUUAGAUGUCGAUGACUAGAAUUAACAAUAAUUCAAAAGGGAGAUAAGUUGCAAUUAAUCGCAAGUAAAACAGUAUACCAUUGGAAAUGAAUACAGCAAACACGUGCUUACAGAAACCCUUUGAUAUGACAACUCGCUGGUUCAAAGGUGCAUUUCAAAUGGAAAAGAAAAGUUCGAUGAACCUGAUUAAAUUGUUUGUGGUUUAUGGCCAUUCAUUACCAUAUUUUCAUUCUUUGCGAAAAAAAACUUAAAGAAAACCACAAAAUACAAACAUGGGCCGACUGAAACAUUGCUAAACUAGUAAUAGUGGACCAAAAAAAGAAUGGAAAAGAUACUGCUGCCCCGGAUGGAAAGCCAUUCCGUCACGGCUAACCCAUGGACUUCUAGUCGGCUGGUUCAUAACCUUUUUUCAUGUUCUAAUUUGAAAUUGUUUCGUUAAACCACAACAUGCAGUUGUUGUUGUUGGGGCCAAGAAUUAUAGAAAUCUACUGGAAAAUUCAUUUCAUGUGUUUAAUUAAAAGGAACACGAGAAAAACCCCAUUUGGGUUCUCCUUGUCAACAAGCACGUAAGAAACUAUACAAAAUUCAGUAAGCAAAAAAAAAUUGAGAGCGAAUAGUGCGAUCUCUAGCUCGGCCUCAGUUACAAGAACUUUCUAUAACUUUACCAGUCAAAGUCUUUGCUAUAUUUUUUUCUUAAGGUUUGUGUAAAUGUAAUUUAAAAACGAUAGUUUUUUAGUCAUUUGGAAAUUUUUUUAGUUGAGUUUUCUUCAAGGGUAGAUCAGUUUUAAAACGCUGUUGUGUUUUUUAUUUACACGCAGGUUUUGUGAAUUAAAUAGAGCGAAAGUGGAUGAGAUAUUUGGUACAGAGAGCAGUAGGUUAUUUCCAAAGGAUGAUUUGUAUAGGUCUUUAACGAGAAGGUAGUGGUAAUCAAUUUGGAAAAUAAGGAAUCGAAUGCCUUAUUAACAAUUAGCCUGUUUGAUAAUAAAUAUUGUUAGCAAGGGAUAUUUAAAUAUUCUAGUAAAUAGCCUUUGAAAGUAAGAAUGUUACAAUAUUUCUUUUCGUCUGAAAGCAUAUGAGUAGAUGAAUUUAGUAAUGUGUAACCAAUCAGAAAGACUUACUUCAACCACGCUAUAAUCGGGGUCCUGAUAGGGAACUUCAUCUUACAGCUGACACGUGGUUUGUAAGAUGACGCAGAUGAAUCGGAUUUGAAAAUUGUGCAAUCCGAUUGGUCAAUUAAUCUCGUAGGUGAAAUGCAGCUUUCUGAUUGGUUAUUUGCCUAGUGCAUCCUAGGUUACUUCUCAGGUUGCUUUCUUUGGCUGUAGCAUAGGCACGCAAACCGCUCUCUUUGGUAAAAUUUUUGUACGAAAAAUUCCUCUUGAGAAAUUAAAGAGAUUUAACAUCCAAAUUGUAGUUUAGACGAUUCUUAAUGAAAUGAUCUUUUUUUUCGCAACACUUAAACAAUAGCUGCGUGUUACUGCUAACAGUGAUAUGUUGUAAGUCAUACUACCUAUCUUUUGUCAGAACAACAAGAAUUCAAGAUGCUCAAGUAUUCUCAUAUCAUAGGCAACCAAAAGUUACUGGUCUUCCUAUCAUUUUAUAUCAAGUAUGAGUGACCAAGGAAAAAAAUCAGUCAAAUCCUUUAAUUUCAAUCCCUUCUCUCCCAGAGUAAAUAUUGUUUCCAGUAAAUGGUAGUUUCAGAGGUCGAAUUAAACCAAAUAAAGUAUAAUUUCCCGCAUCAUUCUUAGAUACUAUUUCAAUUUAUUUUUAUUUUAAUGAUCUUCGUUGAUUUAAUCACCAACAGAUUGGCA